AUGUUCCUGGGUUUGGUUCGAGUCUGUAAAGAACAGAAGAUGAGCAAGAACAAAAAGCAGAAAGCCGAGCCUAGGAAAAACUUGCCGCUCGCGUGGGGUCCGGUGAAGACGAACAGCGACAGCGGCGUCCCGCCGCCAGGGCCGGCCCCGCCGCGCCCCCGGGCUGACACGUUGGAUGAGGGGAGGUGGACAGGUGUAGAAGCACUCUCUCUGCCUCUCCUACUGCAGGUGUGCUUCAUCGGCCGAAGCAAUGUGGGGAAAUCAUCUUUGAUCCGGGCCUUGUUUUCACUGUCUCCAGAAGUGGAGGUCAGAGUGUCAAAAACUCCGCAGAGCAGGCACGAAAUAAUGGCAGUGAUUACUGUUGCUUGUAUUUCUGGCAGCUUGAAGAGGACUUUUCUAUUAGUUGAUGGCGUAGUAGGACUCCAGAAAACAGAUCAUAUUGCAGUAGAGAUGCUGGAAGAGUUUGGGAUUCCUUAUGUGAUGGUGUUAACAAAAAUUGACCGAGCUUCCAGGGGACUGUUGUUAAAGAACGUACUGGAGAUCCAGGAGUUUGUAAAGGAGAAAACUCAGGGAUGCUUUCCUCAGCUAUUCCUGGUCAGUUCUCUGGAGUUUUCGGGGGUUCACUUGCUAAGGUGUUUUGUAGCCCAUGUUACUGGAAACCUGCCUACUGUAGAGGCCAGCUGAGAAGACUGGCUCCCGAUCUGCUCGGCUCAUCCAGAACAAAAGGUGCAGCAUGGUAGCAUACCUCGCUUGCAGGCAUCGAGUUGUCCCUCUUCCAGGUGGAUGAAGGAAAGGACACAUCUUUAAUGGCGAUCUGCUUUUUGAUCACUGUUGGCUUGAAACAGAGUGGAAUAAAUGACUGACACCUAGGGGAACUCUCUCCUUCUGCACUUUAUCAUCCGUCGGUACUGCAUCUACCUUCUGUUUUAAAUCCAGCAUGAAGUUCUGCAGCUGCACUCGGAUGAAUUGCCAGAGAUGAGACACAUUGUCCGUUACCUGCAUCUGUUCUACCCUGGCAGCUGGAGCACAAUACCGAUGUCCCAUACUCUUUAGGGGCACUGCAAUAGCUGGCAGAACUGUGUCCCACAGCAGCUAAGAGCACCUGAAGUUGGCUUGUUACAAGGCACAGGAUUGGAAGAAAAAGGACUGCCAUCAAUAGCAGUAGCUGUUACAAGAGAAUUUAGACCAAAGCUAUUAAGUGCCUGUGUCAAACUCUGGCACUCAGUCUUGUCAUGUCUUAACAUUGCCAGAUGGGUGUAUGCAGUUGUCAAAGUUACUUACUUACAUUAAGUGUUUAAACCUCAAGAGAGGGUAGGUCUUUUGUGAACCAUACUGAGGUAUUUCUAGUGUUUUGUUUCUUUAUCGAAUUUGUCAUAACUUUCAGACUAGACCUGAGGAGAGGUCUGUUUUCAGCAUACAUCUAGGAAGGGGGGCCGGGGGGGAAUGCAGUAGAAAGAUGUGGAACUCUAGUUUCCACAUCUUAGCAGAGAUCAAACCUGUAAUUCUCUAGUAUUUUACCUCUAAUCCCAAAGUGCUCCAGAGUGAACCAGCCCACAGGAUGCGUAUUCCUAAGGGGACGUGCAGUAAUAUCUAGACAGAUGGAACAGGUGCAAGCAAACACUUUGGGAAUAAUCUUUUCUUAGUAUCUUAAAACCAGGAUCUUCCAAAAGCAUCAGUCUUGCCAAGGCUGUCAUUUUCAAGGCCUCAGCCUUGACUGAAGAGCCUCUGAAAAUAAGUCUGUAUAUGUAAAAGAGUGCAGUUCUGUUUUUAGUCCCUUUUCAGAACAAAACGCCUUACAGUGCUAGGAAGUCUUUUAUUAACCACUUAAAUACAUUAAGUAUGUCUGGUAAAUCCAUUUGUAUAAAAAGUGCUUUGAAAUGGCAGCAGACUGGGAAUUGGACCCCAUGAUCCUUGUGGGUGUGUAUAGUUGCCAUGAGGUGUCCUUAGUGGAAGCCACGUGGAGCUAGGUCACAGAGUUUCCUACAGCUGUACUAGAAACAGUAGGUACGGUCUUAUCCUGAAGAACCAGCUUUACCUCUGGACACAUCUGGGUUUUCUGCUGUAUUGGUCAAAAGAUCUUCAUUCACAAAUGCUUCAAAUACUGGAAUAACUAACUUAACUCUUGCAUUUUCCUCAGCCAUCUGCAGGAGGGAACACCACAGUUGUUACAUGCAAGAAUCAAUGCCCCUGUGACAAGUAAGGUAGUAAAUAAAAUCAAGUCCUCUCCUUCACUUAAACAUUAAAACUUACAUUCAGGUGCCUUCAUGGGAACGUGCUUCGGGUAAACAGGCGUCUGACGCACUAGCAGACUUUCCUGCCAAGUUCUUAAGGAACAUGCGAUUUGCUGAGUGAGGAACUGCACUUUCUCAGGCUGGGGACACAAAAGCUCUCCCUUUCUUUUUCCCCGCUCAUUGAUCAAUGGUGGGCCUGGUAGCAUACUGAAGUAGUAGAGAUCAUUUCAGUUUUAAAUGCUUUUGAUGUCUUAAAUUGUUUGCAGUGUAUACACCACACGGCAGGCACCCAGCAUUAUCUUGUAAAGCUUUGCCUCUUCUGCACCUGUCAUUUACAGAAGUGAUGUUGAAUACAGGCUUCUAUGGAAGAGGAUUUUGCCUUGUGCAUCUUUCCCAUCUUUCAGCAGUACUUUCUCCUUUUUCUUCCUCUACUGUGUCUGCUCUAGUCUGUCACCAUAACCCUGGCACUACAAAGCCAGUAUUUUGACCGUAUUCUUGCAACAGUCCCCUAGAGUCACUAUAGUGUAGAAUGCGUUUUAGUAGGGACCUUGACCAGAUGCUACGUCAAUAAUUCUAUUAGUAUUAAUGAAGUAACCUAAACAGGUUUCUUGGGUUAUUUUAAAAAGCAGAGGGGGCAGGGUUUAGCAGGUAGACAUUUCAGAUUUAGCCUCCCUGAGGCAUUUACACAGGCAACAUGCACUAAGGCAGAAAGAGCUCUGGUUUACUGUCACUUUGAAGGUUGUUUCGGUGUUGCCUUCUUUCACUCUUUCUCUUGUCUAAAGUCUUGCUCCUUGGGCUCAGCGUUGUUUUCAGACUCUGCUCAGAACUAGGAUGUAUUGCAGUAGAAGCUCUCUGGUACAGUAUGAAACAAAUUUUGGAUGCCAGACAGAACAUGCCAAGUGUUGAAUACAGGAAAUUCAUUCCGCAUUAAGUAGGGUGGCUGCCCGUGAGAAGCAAGAUACUGCUACCUCAACUAUCAAAAUUCCUGGCAAAGGAGGAAACAGAAAUUUUGGCAGCAGCUAAUGUUUCCAGUCUGUAUCACUGGCUAAUCCUACUCAUGCUUGAGAUUACUUUUAGUACCUGCUUAUCCCAGCUAUAACAUGAUGCUGUAUUUUACAGAGAAAUUGUAGCUGUUUCUGUGCAAGCAGGGACAAACCCAGGGAGACAUACAGCUUCUUACCUCACUCUCCUGCUUAAGUGUUUUGGAAACAGAGUAAGGUCAGAACCCAAUUACAGAAGAGGCAGAGGAGGGAGGAAUAAGUUGCGGUUUUGUCCCAUGCUACAAACAGGACACAAGAUGAGAGGAAAGGAACAGAACUAAGAAAAGGCAAACUGAUCUCACAUCCCAAAAUAAAGAUAAGUUAAUAAAUUGAGAGGCUGUCACAGGUGAAUUAUUAAGAGAAGUCAUCGUCGUGGGAUUAACUAAAAGGUUUUAUUAAACAAUGAUUAAAUGAUGAUUAAACAAUGAUUAGACAGUGGUCAAGCACUCUACUACUUACUACACUUCUAAUAAUUAGGCUAGCUUGUAUACAAUAUGUUUUAGAUCUAAUAUAAAAUGUCAUUUACCUUGCUGUAGAUAUCGGAUGCCAGGUAAGGGAUCUCUCAACCUCGAGGACUAACCUUGAGAGGCGUCAAGGGGAGAUCACCACCGUGCAGCCUGCUGCUCUGCAAGAGAGCUCAACAGGCUUUGCUGGCUGCAGAUAUUUAUAACGUAAAGUGAUUGACUUGUAGUCAAACUCCCCUUCGGUGUACAUGCAACUGUGCAACCCCAGCAGCUGUAGUUUCAUCUGGUCCCAGCUCAAGCUGGUACUGUUAGCUCCUGGUAAGACACGACCUGAAUUCCCUAAGUUCCUGAGAAGAUGCAGCCUAGCACAAUUUCUCAAGGUUUGUACAACAGGGCUGACCACUCGGGCCUACUUGUUGGUGAUGCCUGAACCAAAGUACUGUUAAUUCAGUCAGAGUAGGUGCACCCGUCACAGAGGCAUGACUUACCUCUACAGCCCUCUAUAUAAGAAGCCACCCUCUCCACAAUAUGCUAUAGCCAGUCCUGUAACUUCCUUUUAUUCUCAUCUGAUGCAUUCACAGCCCAUUCGUAUCUAAAAACACCACCAAAAAAAAGUAAAGUAAGCAUCCCUUCCUUACCUACACAAGUGAUUUUAGUACUGGGUUUGGUAACCGCAAUUUGAUCUGCUCCUAAGAACAAGCCACAGCAUUAAGCCUACAUGCACAGAUUUAUUUUAACACUGUCCAAGCACUUGUUAAAUACUUGAUCUCUAACUACUUCAGCUAUAACUAGUCUACUUAUAAGCAUCUCUUACAUAAGCACAGAAAACUGUUUUGUUCAAUCAGGUAAUUAUUGAGCAGCUAUCAAUCAACUGUUUAGUUAUAUACACAGUAGAUUUUUUUCAGGGAAGGUAGUUCACAUUUUUGUAUUCUAAUAAUCUACAGUGGUAUUUCUGCACCUUGUGGCAUGUUUACAAAGUUUAUACAAGAAAAUAAACCUACCACUUGCACAGACAUAGCUACUUAAACCAGUAUUUUCUUUGAAAAACAUUGAGGAUGAUGGAAAACAUAUGCCAAUAAGUAGUAAGGGGUGGGGCGGGGAUAAAUCUUAGCCUAUUCUUGCUCGUGCUGUUCCCCAAGAAGUUAUUCUCCACUGGUUCUUGUGUGAUGAAUACAGCACUGCUGGACUGUUGCCCUCACCUCUUGUGCGAGUGCAGAAUGUGGUGUCUUGGGAUGGCACCAGCCCUGAGCUCCCUCAGGGAAAGCUGUUUAGACUCGGACACCGAAAGGCACUGUACUCACUUCUUUUGAAUUCAUUUCUUGGGAUCCUUCAGUGCUUCAUCAAGACUCUCUCUGGCUCUACACUUCACUAUGUUUUUGUUUCUCCAGUGUCUGCACCUCAGCUGCACCUUUUCCUUCUUCCUCUUCAGCUUCCUAGAGAAAAACUUUUGUUCAAACUUAACUUAGCAAAGCAUUUAUUACACUAGAAGAGUGAGCCUCCUACUGGAGACAUGACAGAUUUUCCUUUAUAAGGAAAAAUUUCUUUAUGACAAGAAUUUUUCUUAAGGCAAAACCUGAUGAAGGCACAAGAAACUUUUAUUUCUCAAGCAUCAGCAAAACUAGCUUAAUCAUUCACAACAAUUUAUGAAGGAUGUAAGCUAUUGUACAAUUCAGAAGUAGUAUUUAACAGGGCAAAACAAAUGCACUCAGACCAAGGCCCAUGUAGAUUCAGUAGGACUUCAGCUGUCUUUGUGCUCAAAGACAGUAAAAAACAUUGCGCUGAUGUUUAGAGAUUCUUUUUCUUCCCAAAAAACAGAAGGUGUCGGAAACCUAGUACCCAGCCCCCAAUUACAAGAGACAUUUGAGAAAUUCUAGAACUUGAUGAUGGAAAAAAUAAAAUAAGGAACAAUACCAACAAACCUUGGGAAAGAGUUGGCAGGUAGAUCUGUAAGCAAGCCAAGCAUGACUAGUUUGCACGCUGUCAGAAGAUACUGCUGACAGCUUUGGCCUGUAGUAGCCAGGGUUCAGGUGGCCAAAGUAUUGGCAACAUCUGGGAUAAAGGAAUAGUUUUGGACAGUUUUUAAAGACCAUUCUAAUAGAAAAAUAUUUCUUUUAUUCUCUCUUUAGUGGCUCCCUAAUUUGACUCCCAAGGUGUACUUAAGAGACAUUUGUUCUAAACCUGGUACUCUAAAGGAGUACUACUAAGAAAUUCACCAAAAAUAUUACGAGUACAAUAGGCAACUUAAAAAUAAUGCAAUAAAAAUAACAAGAAACAUGUUUUUACAGUAUAAAGCAUUUCAAUGUUAAAGUUUCUUUAAGACAUUAAGAAACACUAACAGGUGUCCAAGCUGAUGAAGUUAAAUCUUGUUCAAGCCUUAGAUGUUAAAUUACAAAGAAAUGCAGAUCUCCUGGCAGCUGUGUGGGAACUUAAGGACAAAUACAGGUUAAAUGGCAUGAGGCAUAGGCCCUUCUUUUUUAACCUAUCUGAAAAGUGUACUUAAGCAACUGAUCCGUGUCCGUUUCCUUUGUGUGCCCCUCCUCUGACAUUUUUGACCUAGUUUAGGCUAACAGCAAGAAGCAUAUCUCACCAAAAAAAAGAAAAACAUUGUUUAUUUAGAUGUUGACAGAAGUGUUAUUACAUAAAAAGGAAAAGGGGAUUUAUGAGUCACAUCAUUGUACUUGUUCUUUGGCUUAGGGGAAGUCAUUCUGAGCUGUGCUUGGCCCCCUGACAGUGAGGGACUGCCACUUCUAGAUACCAGUGCAGACUCCUACACUGAACGCUCAGUUACAGCGGAAAGCUAACAGCAUACGCAGAAGUUGUUUCCACAACACACUCGAAUUGAUUUAAGUCCUGCUUUUGAUGAAAGAGUGUACUCCAUCCCCUGAAUUAAAUUCAGUUUCAAAGUUGCGGCCAUGGGAAACCACCAUGCUUGUGGGGGUUACCUUCAGUUUCCAAGUUGUUUGGUCAUAGUCAAUUGUGCUUCAAUCUGUCAAGUACUGAGAGCUGGGAAAAGGCAAAACUUAAUUGAAAAGGCUACACAUCCAUUCCUGUUUCCUUAAUUCCAGAGCUCACGAAGAAUGUAUUUUCUUUCUGGAUUUCCACCCUCACUGUCAAGAACAGCAAGAGCAUCUAAUUCCAUCUCUUUACAACUGCCAACGGUUUCACUCACCAGCUCUUUGCCCUUAGCAUACUUCAGCUCUCACAGCCAUCAGUUACUUCACUGGAAAAAAAAUACUAAGCCCAUUCCCCUUCCUGUAUGUUAUCAUUAAAAGCGUAAUCUCAAGUUUAUUGAUCUAAAAUAAUUUACCAUGUUUGUUAGAAAGCAAAUGCUCUUCAUUCACAGUGCUCAAAUUCAAACCACCUACCAAGCACAGAUGCAUGUUUAUAUGGAUGCAUAUAAAGCAGGAAGGAAGAAUGUACCCAAAAUCAUGCUAAAAGCAGAGACGAGAAUAAAGCCCAGUCUUUUGUCUCAGCUAGGCCAAACUGGUUCCACAUGCAAGCAAUGAAACAAGCUGUCCUCUUCCCCCUUUCUACCUAUAUUUAGUCCAUAUUUAAAACGUUAGCAUAUCGUAAAAGCAUGUACCAAUGCCAUCAGGAAAGGAAGAAAAAACCACAAGUUUACUUUCACCUUUUUUUUUUUUAAAUAGUCUAAGCGCUGGUAAAGUCCUAAGUAUUUAGAAUUCAUACAGGUUACAAGGACAUUAACUUCCACGAAGCCUUUUCCUGACAGGGCAAGGAACUCUGUGCUGUAACUGCACCAGUAUCUUACCUUAUAUUGUUAAGUUCCAUCUUCAGUUUCUCCUGACCAGACCCGGGCACCAGCAAAAGUUUGUGUGUUCUUUCCCAAGUCAUGCAUGAUCUGAAAGGGAGAUUCCAGAGUUCAUUUGAGAUCCUUUUUCCAUAAAAUCCUGUCACGAAGCAACCUGCAAUCUUUCAACUUCUCAGUACCGGGGGGUGGGCGGGAGCCCACUGACUUCCGUGUGCCACCCUAGCGCUAUUUUUCCUAAAAUAAAAGUCAGAAAUUGA